UCGUGCUGUGGAGGGCACCGGAUGAGUAGUAUCGUAGCAAUCCUCCAUUAACACAAGGCUGCAGAAUAGUUGGAAUCGGCUGGGCUUUAGAAUCAGUUCGACCGUUUCAUUGAAAAGAACCGGCCCAACAGAACGACUCGUUCACGAAUCAGACAUCACCGCCCCUCAAAUAAACAAGGAAGCUACGUGCAGGAGCUGCUAUCUGGCUAAGCUAAGGCUGCAGCUUUGACAGUUCGCCAGCCCGUCUGGAAAGUUUUAGUACGCUGCGCGAAGAAAGCAUUAAAUCAUAAAAAACCACAUCGAGUCUUCGGUCGUGUUUAGCCAGUAACGGAAAGAGGAUGUCAUUCAUUUUCAGGUUUUUUCGCAAUGCCUUUGACGGAAUCUUCGACUUAAUCAUGAGGCUUUUAGGCUUCAAGAGAAGACCUGCCAUAACCCUUGAGGACCCCACUGUCAAGUACCCUUUGCGCCUAGUGGACAAAGAGAUUAUUAGUCACGAUACUAGGAAGUUUCGCUUCGCUCUGAAAUCUCCAGAUCAUGUUUUGGGACUUCCUGUGGGUCAACACAUCUACCUGUCUGCAAAAAUAGAUGGUAGCCUUGUAGUGAGGCCUUAUACUCCAGUGUCCAGUGAUGAUGAUAAGGGCUUUGUGGAUCUGGUGGUUAAGAUAUAUUAUAAGAAUACUCACCCAAAGUUCCCUGAAGGUGGCAAGAUGUCUCAAUACCUGGACAGUCUUCGGAUUGGUGACACAAUUGACUUCAGAGGACCAAGUGGCCUGCUAGUUUACCAGGGCAAAGGAUGUUUUGCCAUCAGACCUGACAAGAAGUCACCCCCAGUGAUUAAGAAUACCAAACGUGUUGGUAUGAUUGCAGGAGGAACAGGUGUUACCCCUAUGCUACAGAUCAUUCGAGCCAUAAUGAAGGAUCCACAAGACCAGACAGUGUGUUACUUGCUUUUUGCAAACCAGUCAGAAAAAGACAUUCUUCUGCGCCCAGAGCUGGAGGAAAUUCAGGUCAGUCACCCAGACCGAUUCAACCUGUGGUACACCCUUGACAAGGUUCCUCAGGACUGGGAAUUCAGCCAGGGUUUCAUCAGUGAGGAGAUGGUGCGGAACCGACUUCCUCUCCCCGGGGACGACACGCUCAUCCUCAUGUGUGGCCCUCCUCCCAUGAUCCAGUUUGCUUGCAACCCAAACCUGGACAAAGUGGGCCAUUCUCCAAGCAGGCGCUUCGCCUUCUAGAAAACGCACUAAAAUACUGGGACCCAGUUAAGAGGCUGUUACACUGAAAAGGUCCAGCGUCAUUGCCAUCACCAAAUUUGUUUGAAUAUGCAAUCAAGGAAUCUAUGAACCACAUGUAAAGAGGUUAGAUUAGCUGUAUCAAUGUGGAAAAAGGAAUAGAUUGUUUCUCCCUACAAAACUGGUUUUAUUUGCACUUUUUUUAUACAUAUGCUAAAUUAAUACUAUUAUGUAAUGCAUUUUUAAAAUACAAACUGAACACUGAUUGAUUGAAGAAAAGUAUUUACAGUGUUCUGGAAUUUAAGUUCUUGUUUGUUUCAGUAAUGGACAUGUAUCUGGGUUUGCGUUUGUAUUCACCAUCUUUUUAUGACACCUAAACAAUAAACUUGUCCACCUUUUUUUUUUUUUUUUUAAGUGCCUUAAUAACUUACCUUAUAGCAUGACAAAAUAUCUAUUUCAAAGCAAGAUAAAAUUCACUCUUAAAAACCUGAUGUUAUGGAAAUGCGUCCAUGCACGGCACACAUUAAACACCACAGUGAAGGCCCAGGCUUUCCGCAGCAGCUGGCUUUUGUGAGAUUUUAUUUAAACACAGAAACCGCUCGCUUUGUUGUCAAAAUACAAAAAAAAAUACGAUUCUGUGUAAUAAGCUUUAAUACCUUUUAAAAGUGUACCGGCAUUUAAUUACAUUCUGUAUGUUGUUGCACAUCGAGUUUCACAAAUAAAAGGAUAUGCUUCA